CUCUGGGCUGCUGGCAGCUCCGGCUUCUGGCCCGGCGCUCUGGCGUGGCUCGGGCUCCGGAGGACCGGACUGAGCGACUGGCCGGCCGAGCCCCGGGCCGGCCGCGGAGGCAGGGCCCGGGAUGGCACUCUCAGUGACAGGGCUCAUUGUCUUCUCCCUCCUGCAAGCCGUCCUCUCUUUGAACCCCGAGGACCCCAAUGUGUGCAGCCACUGGGAGAGCUAUGCUGUGACUGUCCAAGAAUCAUACGCACAUCCCUUCGACCAGAUCUACUACACACGAUGCACAGACAUCCUCAACUGGUUCAAGUGCACCAGGCACCGGAUCAGCUAUAAGACAGCCUAUCGGCGUGGCCUCCGGACCAUGUACCGGCGAAGGUCCCAGUGCUGCCCUGGCUACUACGAGAACGGAGACUUCUGCAUACCCCUGUGUACGGAGGAGUGUGUGCACGGCCGCUGUGUUUCCCCGGACACCUGCCACUGUGAGCCCGGCUGGGGAGGGCCCGACUGCUCCAGUGGUUGCGACAGUGACCACUGGGGACCCCAUUGCAGCAACCGGUGCCAGUGCCAGAACGGUGCCCUCUGCAACCCCAUCACCGGCGCCUGCGUGUGUGCCGCUGGCUUCCGCGGCUGGCGCUGUGAAGAGCUCUGCGCUCCCGGCACCCACGGCAAGGGCUGCCAGCUACCGUGCCAGUGCCACCACGGCGCCAGCUGCGACCCCCGCACCGGCGAGUGCCUCUGCGCACCCGGCUACACUGGUGUCUACUGCGAGGAGCUGUGCCCGCCUGGGAGCCACGGGGCUCACUGUGAGCUGCGCUGCCCCUGCCAGAAUGGGGGCACCUGUCACCACAUCACUGGCGAGUGUGCCUGCCCUCCAGGCUGGACGGGAGCAGUGUGCGCCCAGCCCUGCCCACCAGGGACGUUUGGCCAGAACUGCAGCCAGGACUGUCCUUGCCACCAUGGAGGACAGUGUGACCACGUGACUGGGCAGUGUCACUGCACAGCAGGAUACAUGGGGGACAGGUGCCAAGAGGAAUGCCCCUUCGGGACCUUCGGCUUCCAGUGCUCGCAGCGCUGUGACUGCCACAACGGGGGCCAGUGUUCGCCCACCACCGGCGCCUGCGAGUGUGAGCCUGGCUACAAGGGCCCGCGCUGCCAGGAGCGGCUGUGCCCCGAGGGCCUGCAUGGCCCAGGCUGCGCCUUGCCCUGCCCCUGUGAUGCUGACAACACCAUCAGCUGCCACCCAGUAACUGGAGCUUGUACCUGCCAGCCGGGCUGGUCUGGCCACCGUUGCAACGAGUCCUGCCCUGCCGGCUACUAUGGCAAUGGCUGCCAGCUGCCUUGCACCUGUCAGAACGGCGCCGACUGCCACAGCAUCACUGGGAGCUGCACUUGUGCCCCAGGCUUCAUGGGCGAGGUCUGUGCAGUUCCCUGUGCAGCAGGGACCUACGGCCCCAACUGUUCGUCUGUCUGUAGCUGCAACAACGGCGGUGCCUGCUCCCCAGUAGAUGGCUCCUGCACCUGCAAAGAAGGGUGGCAGGGCCUUGACUGCACCCUGCCAUGUCCAAGCGGGACGUGGGGCCUGAACUGCAAUGAGAGCUGCUCCUGUGCCAAUGGGGCGGCCUGCAGCCCCACCGACGGCUCCUGCUCCUGUACCCCCGGCUGGCUGGGAGACACCUGCGAGCUGCCCUGCCCGGAUGGCACGUUUGGGCCGAACUGCAGCGAGCGCUGUGACUGCAGCCACGCUGAUGGCUGCGAUCCUGUCACGGGCCAUUGCUGCUGCCUGGCCGGAUGGACAGGCAUCCGCUGUGACAGCACAUGUCCACCUGGUCGCUGGGGCCCCAACUGCUCUGUCUCCUGCAACUGUGAGAAUGGUGGCUCCUGCUCCCCAGAGGAUGGGAGCUGCGAGUGUGCCCCUGGCUUCCGAGGACCCUUAUGCCAGAGAAUCUGUCCCCCUGGGUUCUAUGGCCACGGCUGUGCCCAGCCAUGCCCGCUCUGCGUGCACAGCAGUGGACCCUGCCACCACGUCAGCGGCAUCUGUGAGUGCCUCCCUGGAUUCUCUGGAGCUCUCUGCAACCAAGUGUGUGCCGGAGGGCACUUUGGACAGGACUGUGCCCAGCUCUGCUCCUGUGCCAACAAUGGGACCUGCAGCCCCAUCGAUGGCUCCUGCCAGUGCUUCCCUGGAUGGAUUGGCAAGGACUGCUCACAGGCCUGCCCACCUGGCUUCUGGGGCCCUGCCUGCUUCCACACAUGCAGCUGUCACAACGGGGCGCGCUGCAGCGCCGAGGAUGGGGCCUGCCACUGCACCCCUGGCUGGACCGGACUCUUCUGCACACAGCGCUGCCCAGCAGCGUUUUAUGGGAAGGACUGUGGGCGCGUGUGCCAGUGUCAGAAUGGCGCCAGCUGUGACCACAUCAGCGGCAAGUGCACCUGCCGCACAGGCUUCACCGGGCGACACUGCGAGCAGAGAUGCGCCCCAGGAACCUUUGGCUAUGGGUGUCAGCAGCUGUGUGAGUGCAUGAACAAUGCCACCUGUGACCACGUCACCGGCACUUGUUAUUGCAGCUCUGGGUUCAAAGGAAUCAGGUGUGACCAAGCUGCCCUCAUGAUGGAGGAGCUGAAUCCCUACACCAAGAUCAGCCCAGCGCUGGGGGCCGAGCGGCACUCGGUGGGUGCCGUCACGGGCAUCAUCCUCCUGUUGUUCCUCCUCGUGGUGCUGCUGGGCCUGUUUGCCUGGCGCCGGCGCCAGCAGAAAGAGAAAGGCCGUGACCUGGCUCCCCGCGUCUCCUACACACCUGCCAUGAGGAUGACCAGCACGGACUACUCCCUCUCAGAUUUGUCUCAAAGUAGCAGCUAUGCCCAGUGCUUUUCCAAUUCCAGCUACCACGCACUGGCGUGCGGGGGGCCUGCCACCAGCCAGGCCAGCACUCUGGACAGGAACAGCCCCACCAAGAUCAGUGCCCUGGAAGCCAGGUACCCGCCCGAGGACUUCUACAUUGAACUUAGACACCUCAGCCGCCCCGCUGAGCCACACUCACCAGGUGCUUGUGGAAUGGAUAGACGUCAAAACACAUACAUUAUGGACAAAGGCUUCAAAGAUUACAUGAAAGAAUCUGUGUGCAGUUCUAGCACUUGUUCCUUGAAUAGCAGUGAAAACCCUUACGCCACAAUUAAGGACCCACCCAUCCUCACCUGCAAGCUUCCAGAAAACAGCUAUGUAGAAAUGAAGUCGCCUGUGCACAGGGGGUCUCCGUACACAGAUGUGCCAUCCUUGUCGACAUCUAAUAAAAAUAUAUAUGAAGUUGAGCCCACAGUCACUGUGGUCCAAGAAGGCCGAGGUCCUAACUCCAGCUAUAUCCAGAAUCCAUACGACCUACCUAGGAACAGCCACAUUCCUGGUCAUUAUGACCUCCUCCCAGUAAGACAGAGCCCCGCCAAUGAGCCCUCCCAGGACAAGCAGUCUUAAGAGGGAUAAACUUCUCUCUUGCAAUGUGCUCUGCUGAACAUUCUCUGACUCUCUGAAAGAAGACAAUCCCUUGACUUGAAAUAAUGGUACAGACUG